AUGGCCGACACGAACGAUGCGACCAAUGGUCCUACCAUCGAUCACCUCGCGUACCCGCACGUCAUCGAGCGCGUCCUGCAGUUCGCGGACGCGCGCACUCUGCUAGCCUUCAGCCGCACUGCCCAAGCGUAUCGGCCCUGUGCAGCCGUCGCGACGCGCCACAUUGUCGUCGAGCCAUGCGGCCGCUCUCUCGCUCUACGCAGCUCGCGCGGUUCACUAGGCAUCGAGGUCGAACCGCAAGCCCACCACAUCCCGGCACACGCGCACAUCCCCAUGGCGAGUCUGACCCACACCCGAGUCCUAGACUUUAUCGGUCCCGUUGGCCGCAAUGCCCCUCGCCUUCUCCAAUCCAUUCCCGCCGAUAUCGUUCGCGUAAUCCAGCGCGACGGGAUAGCGAGGCAUAACUUUGUCGCGUUCAAAUCAACAACCACCAUCGUGUUUGGCGACCUCGUCCUACGGUCUGAUGCGCACGUCUCGGCGUACUGGUCUGGACCGGGAGUGCCCCCAAAUACGAGGCUCGUGUGGAACAUCAAGGGCAUUCGGUCCGGGUCGCCGGUGACCAACAAGCUCACGGACAAGGGGCUGCGUGAGAUGGUGCUCCACUUUUCUAUUGAUUCAAUCUGCAAACUGCAGCCGGAAUGGUUCGAUUUACUCUCAAAGUGGAUUAUGAUCUUGUCCAAUCUAGAGGAGAUUAAGAUGCGGUUCGUUGGCUUGGACGAGCUGCUUGAGCGGCUCGACAUGCCACCCACGAGCAUCUGGAUCUUGGCACGAGGCAAGUUGGGCAAGCGCGCAUCGUUCAUCUCGGCGGAGGCGUAUGAGUUGGAGGUGGGGAGGGAGCAAUACGAGCUGGAGACGUGUGAGGAGCUGUGGUAA